CCUUCUUGCUUCCGUCUGCCCAGUCUUUCUGCUGACGGCUGCCUGAACGAGGUAUUUCACUCUCAUAGUCGCUGAGGACUGCACAGAUGCCGACUGCUGGACCUCUAACGAGGAAGAUCAGGAUCACUGUUGUCGCGGCAGAUGGUCUCUCGAAGCGGGAUGUCUUCAGGCUACCCGACCCUUUCGCAGUCAUCACAGUUGAUGCGGAGCAGACGCAUACAACAAGUGUCAUCAAGAAGACUCUGAACCCUUAUUGGAACGAAAACUUCGAUGUUGUUGUGAAGGAUUCCUCCGUCAUCGCUGUUCAGAUCUUUGAUCAGCGCAAGUUCAAGAGGCGGGACCAAGGGUUCUUAGGUGUGGUCAAUAUUCGUGUCAGCGAUGUGCUCGACCUGGAGUUGGGGGGCCAUGAGAUGCUCACACUGGACUUGAAGAAGUCCAAUGACAACCUUGUUGUCCACGGUAAACUGAUAGUCUAUCUCUCGACAAAUGUAUCACAACCGAUAAGUAAUCCGGGACCAUCGGUUGUCUCCGGCAUACAGACUGCGUUGUCGAAUAUGGGUUUGGAGGACACUGCGUCAUCUUUAUCUCCCGUUGCAGCUUCAUCAGCCACUUCUGGGUCUGCGAUUUCGCGAACGCCAAGUCGCCAGGGUGGUCCAUCAGUCCCAGCACAGCCGGAACAACCAGCUGUCAUGCAGAUGCCUACGCCUCAAAUCAAUCGGUCGCCGACUGCGACUGCAUCUGCGACGAAUCCGGACGUCGAAACGCCGACAUCUACAUCCCGCCCCGUUAGUGGAACUGUCCCAACUAACGUUAGUACUACAGGGGCAACUACCACUACAUCUUCCCCUUCAGCCCCAAAUGUCGCCCAGACUCCAAUGCCUGCUGGUGCUGCGACCAAUGCUUCUGCUGCUGCGGCGCGCAGCUUUAAUCCUCACGAAGAUCCUCUUGGACCACUGCCUCCUGGGUGGGAGCGUCGCAUUGACCCUCUUGGUAGGACUUACUACGUGGACCACAACACUCGAAGCACGACAUGGCAUCGCCCAUCGGCUAACCAGGCUGUAAAUAACUCUGCACAGCAAGGAGAAACAAAUGCGGCGCGUGACCAACACAAUCGUCGUCUUCUUGCGGAUGACAUGGUUGAGUCAGCAGCAACCGUAAACCGUUCCACAUCCGCGGCUGCUGCGAGUCCGGCCCCGAUUACUACUGCAUCGCAGACGACGGCUGGAAGUGGUCCACUACCCGCUGGAUGGGAGGAACGCUUCACUCCGGAGGGUCGGCCAUAUUAUGUCGAUCAUACGACUCGUACUACGACAUGGGUGGACCCUCGCCGUCAGACAAUUGUUCGGGUUAUGGGACCCAACGGUGCGACUACGACAGCGCAACCUCAAUCAAUUUCACAACUUGGACCUCUUCCGUCUGGAUGGGAAAUGCGACUUACGUCGACUGCCAGAAUCUACUUUGUCGAUCAUAAUACAAAGACGACAACAUGGGAUGACCCACGCUUGCCAUCCUCCUUGGACACAAACGUCCCUCAAUACAAGCGUGAUUUCCGUCGGAAACUCAUCUACUUCCGCAGCCAACCAGCCAUGCGUGCUCAACCAGGAAACUGUCAAAUCAAGAUUAGGCGAAACCACAUCUUUGAAGAUUCAUAUGCGGAAAUCAUGAGACAGACGCCUGCUGACCUGAAGAAGAGAUUAAUGAUCAAAUUCGAUGGUGAAGACGGUCUCGAUUACGGAGGUGUCUCAAGAGAAUUCUUCUUCCUCUUAUCCCAUGAGAUGUUCAACCCCUUCUACUGCUUGUUCGAGUAUUCUGCACACGAUAAUUACACUCUUCAAAUUAAUCCGGCAUCGGGUGUCAACCCGGAGCAUUUGAACUACUUCAAGUUCAUUGGACGUUGUCUCGGGUUGGCAAUCUUCCACCGUCGCUUCCUCGACGCAUACUUCAUUGUCAGCUUCUACAAGAUGAUCUUGAAGAAGAAAGUAACGUUGGCAGAUUUGGAGAGUGUGGAUGCGGAGUUGUUCAGAGGUUUGACAUGGAUGCUUGAGAACGAGAUCGAAGGCGUUAUCGACGAAACAUUCACCACAGCCGAGGAACGCUUCGGCGAGAUGGUGACUAUCGAACUUAAACCCGGAGGAGCAGACGUUGCAGUCACCGAUGAGAACAAGAAAGAAUAUGUCGACUUGGUUGUCGAGUAUCGUAUCUUCAAGCGUGUCCAAGAGCAAUUCGAAGCUUUCAUAUCCGGUUUCAACGAACUUAUCCCUCAGGAACUCAUAAACGUCUUCGACGAGCGCGAGCUCGAGUUGCUCAUUGGUGGUAUGUCAGAGAUCGAUGUUGAUGACUGGGCCAAGUACACGGACUACCGUGGUUACGAGAUGAAUGACGAAGUUAUACAAUGGUUCUGGAAGUGCAUACGUAGUUGGCCAGCGGAACGCAAGUCCCGCUUGCUACAAUUUACCACUGGGACGUCACGUAUACCUGUCAAUGGCUUCAAAGACCUUCAGGGUUCCGAUGGACCCCGUCGGUUUACUAUUGAAAAAUCUGGCGAUCCAUCUCAGCUUCCUAAGAGUCAUACUUGCUUCAAUCGCCUUGACCUUCCUCCAUACAAAGAUUACGAGAGUUUAGAGCAGAAACUCACACUGGCAGUAGAGGAAACUGUCGGUUUCGGACAAGAAUAAAGAAUCCUGGAUGGACUUCCCGUGGAACCCCUUUUUCUCUCCCAGUAUCGUCCGUCGAAACCCCUAUUAUCGUUUGUUUGUUAUCUUCCAGCAAUUUUAAUUUUUUCCAAGCGAUUUAGCGAUUGUCUUCAUCUUCAUUCGAGUUGGUGCUAGCUACCAUAUGUACGGAGGGUAGGCUUUUAGGCUUUAGUUUUUUAAUGUACGUUAUUCUGUUUUUGUGUUCGAUGUAAACGGAUGUUUGUUGAAAUGAAAGAACUUGUUUGACGUG